AAGAGUCCGACCAAAAUAAUCCCAGCAGCAGAAGAAGAAAAGGAGCGCUAACCGUUAGCCUGUCAGAGAAACUUUAGCUUAGCUUUAGCUGACAUCUCUCCAAUGUCCGGCUAGCGUCGGUGGAGGUUUCAGGAACACAACUCAUAUGCUGCGGAAGAGGGCGAAGGUCGCAUUAAACAGUUUCUCACGGAGACCGAGCCCGCUUUCGACGACAUGGAGAAACAGUUGCAUUUAAACCUGUUACCCUCCAGACCUCCGAUGGCUGGGGGCUUCCAGUCCAGCUCCAAAAUGAAAAUGGGACCUGGACGAAAGAGAGAUUUCUCCCCCCUGUCCUGGAGUCAGUACUUUGAAACCAUGGAAGAUGUUGAGGUGGAAAAUGAAAAUGGCAAAGAUAUUUUCAGAGUUUACUGCAGCGGUGCCCAUGGUCCUGUGCUGCUGCUUCUUCAUGGAGGAGGACACUCUGCACUCUCCUGGGCAGUGUUCACUGCUGUCAUAUUUAGCAGGAUCAACUGCAGGGUGGUGGCUAUGGACCUUCGAGCUCAUGGCGACACCAAAGUGAAAAAUCCUGAUGAUCUCUCUGCGGACACGAUGGCCAAGGACAUUGGCAAAGUGGUGGAGGUGCUCUAUGGAGAGAACCCACCCCCGAUCAUGGUUAUUGGACACAGCAUGGGUGGGGCCAUUGCAGUUCACACCGCCGCUGCCAAUCUUAUACCAUCCCUGCUUGGCCUCUGUGUCAUUGACGUUGUAGAAGGUACUGCAAUGGAUGCUUUGAACAGUAUGCAGAAUUUCCUCAGAAGUCGCCCAAAGACAUUUAAAUCUCUGGAGAAUGCCAUUGAGUGGAGUGUGAAGAGUGGCCAGAUCCGAAACAUGGAGUCGGCACGAGUAUCAAUGGGAGGCCAGGUGAAGAAAUGUGAGCAAUCACCCAGCCGUAGUCCAGCUGUGUCUAACAGCAUUGCAGGUAUAAUAGAAGAGGAAGAGGAUGAAGAGGUGGAGGAAGAGUCCAACAAGAAAAGGAUGAAGGAGGACGACCAAGAGAUAAAAAAGGAAAGUAUCUUCACCUGGCGAGUAGAGCUGUCAAAGACAGAAAAAUACUGGGAUGGCUGGUUCAGAGGCCUGUCUGCUCUCUUUCUCACCUGCCCCGUGCCAAAACUGCUUCUGCUCGCAGGGGUGGACAGGCUUGACAAAGACCUUACUAUUGGACAGAUGCAAGGGAAGUUUCAGAUGCAGGUCCUCCCUCAGUGUGGUCAUGCUGUCCAUGAGGACGCGCCUGAAAAAGUAGCAGAUGCUCUAGCAACAUUUAUGGUCCGGCACAAAUUCACUGACUUUAAGGAAGGAUACCUGUGCUAAUUUCCAGUUUUCAGUCUAUAUUUAGCCGGCGACCAUAGAGGAAAUAUUUCAAGAUUCAUCCACAUUCUUGUACAAUUUUAAAGUGAAUUAAGGAAAAUACAGCAAGCAUCAUUAUUAUUAUUAUUAUUAUUAUUAUUAUUUUAUUUUUUUGCUUUCGUAAUGUAGAUAAUUUGCUUUUAAGCUUUGCCUUAUUUCUAUUUCGAAACACUGGGAUUUGAUUUUUCCUUUACCAUAUUAUUUUUUUAAAGUAAUGCGCUCCUUGUUUAAUGUUUUAUUUUGAGUGAUUGCUUAAUAUGUGUUUGUAAUGUUUAAAUUAAAAUAAUGAUUUAAGAUCGAUGCCGCUAAAAUGUCACCAAUGCUUGUAUAUUUGGUAAAUGUAAUAAAAGGAUAUUGUGAUCAUUUUAAA